CGAAACGGCCCAUGGGCGCGCUCUUGCCGCCGCUGACGGUGCCCGAGAAGAAAGCUCGCGACAAGCAGCGCAAGCGUGACCAGGCUAAGCGCCGAAAGGCCAUCGAGCUGGAGGUUGUGCGUGCGGCCGAAUCGCGUGCUAAACAAGCCGACGCCUCAACGCGCUGGCACCGCGACGUCAACCGCGAAGAAGAGCUCCAAAUCCGACGCUACGAGCUGGAUGCGAUCAACCCCCACGAUGAGCACCCGGCGAGUGCCGGGUACGACCUUGUCCCGCGCCGCUUCACGUCCCUCGCACAUGACGUGAGCACGUACUCGCCAGUCUUUUUCGGCUACUCGCUCGCGCGCGGCGGUCGCAACGACGUCUUUGGCGCGCCGCGGGCUACGACGACCACAUGAAGCACAAGCCCCACCCCGCGUUUCUCGGUUACGCCAUGUCGCGCCACGCGUCCGAGAUCAUUUCGCCCAUCUUCCUCAACAUGGACUUUUGCAAGCGCAGGGUCGGCAUCGAAGCCAUGGAAGACGAGCUCCAGGAGCUACAACAACAAGCCAAUAUCGACACGCGCCAGGAGCGAGCCGAGUUGCAAGCGCUGCUGGACGCCCGCUUUGACUCGCCUUGUGAGUGCCUCGUGUGCGAGUCGUCCCAGACCCCCGGGUGUCCGGGGUGCUGGGUCCCGUCCUCCGACUUUUUCGAUCGCGCCCACCGCCGAAACAACCCCCUCGAGUACCCCCGCGAUGAGCCUGACACGACGACUGACCGAUUCGAGUGGGCACACUACUACGAGGCGCCGUCGCCACGCCAAGAGGCCAAGGCGCGCGAGGACGAGUACAUGGACGGUCUCCUCUUUGAUGUGUGGGCGAUCCGCAAGCACCGUGAAAAGGUCCAAACGUUCAUUUCGCUCGUGAUCAAGAGCAUUCCUGCGGGCAGCGCUGUCGAGCUGCGCAUUAACCCGAAAGAGACCAUCCAGUAUCUCUACGAUCAGUAUCGUGCCAACGUCGAUGGUGCCGACCGCCAACUCUACCUGCUGUUGCCCACGAGUCAAGGACUCUUUUACCUCGAUGCGACGAUCCAAGCGGGGUCCGAAGUCGCGCUUGGUGUCACCAACGGCACGCUCGUUCUCGAGGAUUUCCAGUUGCGAUAUAAUCGCACCACCAAUGGCCCGUACGUGCUCUUGUCUGUCGCGCUCUUGCACCGCGAGACGACGCCUCUCAUGCUCGCGCACUAUGUCAAGCACAACUUUACGGUGGACAGCGGACCGCUGAAUCUGCAGCUGCGGUACUCUGCCAAUCAAGUCCCGAAAGACGUCCAGAACGACGCGCUGCAGGCCGCCAUGGCCCGCAAAUCCACUCUUCUCGUCGCGUCGGCCACAGAAAAUCAACUCAUGAGCCGUCACUACGAGCAGCAAGCGCUCCAGCUCAGCGUCAAGAAUGCAUUUCAAGAGCGCAUGGCGAGCGCGAUUGAGCUGCAUCGAAACAACAAGGCGCGGCCGCGGACGAAGAAGGAAAUUCGCGCAUGGGCCUACUACUCGUUUGCGAUCGCAGAACCCCGGUCAGACGCGCGACUUCAGAAGCUCUGGCAAUGCUACCACAAAUUCGACGAACUCAAACUUACAAAGCGGGGCAAGCUUCUCGACGCGGCGGCGUCCGACGACGUGUGCGAACUGCUGUCCUUGCAUCGGACAGCCACGAUACAAACCUUCGACUUGCUCGUCGACAAGGCCCACCGCCCGAUGCUGCCACCGGUCGUUGCUAUCGGCCCCAAGUUUGGUGUGCCGAUUGCGACUCGGCUCGGUAUCACCGCCAAGGAUGACCGCGAGUACGGCUCGGAGCUCGACGUCAUCAUUCCCGAAGAGAACGACGAGGAGCUUGCGCCGGUUCGUCGCAAGCAGCAUUUGACGCUGGACGCGAUCCGAGCCGCGCAGCAGCGGCCGUUCAAAGACAUGGAGUGGCGGGCGACUGCAAAAGUCGACAAAUUCUACUCCGCGUCCGACCUGCUGGUCUACCCGUUUGCGAGCGUGCGCUGGGACUGCUUUGCCAAGGCGUACAUGGUUGCUGUCGCCGACGUCGACCGCAUGCGGCGCUUGCUGGACGGCUACAACAACUUGGCCAAAAUCCUCCAAAACGAAACCAUUCUCAAACCCGCGGCCAUCGAGUCGUGGCUCCACGACCUCGGUGCGCUCACGAUGCAGCUGCCACCGACGGGCGCGCUCCCACAGGCGUGUCGCCGCCUCGAGACCAAGUCGUCGCUCUUGGCAGCGCGCGCCGAGCGGCACCGACGGGCGCUCGAGCAGGCGCAGGACGCGGCGCGGCGGCGAAUCACCGACUCGAACGAUGCGCUGCCGCCCAUGAGUGCCAUGGAGCGGCUCAAGUGGGAGUUCAAGAACAAGUAUGGGAUCUUGAGCCCCAAUGUGCGCAACAUGAGCCCCGAUAUGGACAAGAUCCGCGCCACGCUCGGGUCGGCGCUCGCCAAGACGGUCGCGGCCACGACGUACGUUGCCCAGCAAGCCAAAGACAACAUGGAGAUAUUAAAGCUAUAA